AUGCACAAUGCUUCAGUGAUCACUAUGCUGACUCUGUCUGGGUUGGGUGAGAUGGCGAACCACAGACUUCUUCUCUUUGUUUUGACUUUUCUGUGCUACUGUGUGAUUUGGCUGGUAAAUGUCACAAUUAUUGUGACAAUCAUUAUAGAUAAAAACCUCCACGGACCCAUGUACAUCUUCCUCUGUACCUUGUGCAUCAACAGUCUUUAUGGGACGGCAGGCUUUUACCCAAAAUUCCUCAAGGACAUAUUAUCCACUGCUCAAGUGAUUUCUCUGACCGGGUGCCUUGCUCAGGGCUUCGUGCUGCACUCCUCAGCCUGCGCUGACUUCUCCUUCCUGGCUCUGAUGGCUUAUGACAGAUACGUCGCGAUAUGUCGCCCUCUGUCAUACCACUCUGUAAUGACCAAAAGGAAGAUUAUUAUAUUUGUGUUCUUUGCGUGGUUAAUUCCUUUGUAUCUGGUGUUCAUGAGCAGCAUCACCGCUCCAACGUCGGGGUUCUGCGGCUCACACAUACCCAAGGUUUACUGUGUGAACCAUUUAGUCCAUAACAUAGCCUGCACAGUGUCCCUGGCUAAAGUUAUUAUUCCAGCUUUUAAUUAUACGUUUUAUUUCUGUCAUUUCCUGUUAAUUUUUUGGUCUUAUUUAUAUCUUAUCAAGACAUGCAAAACAUCCAAGGAGGGCAGGAGGAAGUUCAUGCAGACAUGUGUUCCACACCUCGUGUGUUUAUUGACUGUGACUGGGUGUUUGCUUUUUGACCUUUUGUACAUGCGAUUUGGCUCCAAGGAGAUUUCGCAAAAUCUUCAGAAUUUCAUGGCGAUAGAGUUUCUCCUGAUCCCUCCAAUAGCCAAUCCCAUCAUCUACGGCCUAAAACUGACCAAAAUAAGGAACAGGAUCUUUCAGUACGUGAGUGGCUUCAUCUCACAGUGA